AUGGCGGGGGACACCAAAUGCCAGGCCAAGCAGUUUGGGCUUCGCAGCAGGGUGACCGAUACAGACAUGGUAACACUCGCCUUUGCCUUGUGCCCUUUGGGGCUGGCUCCUCUCUCGGAUCUCUUCUUCCCACAGUCUCAGUGUUUCUACCUGCUUCCCUGGCCAGCUUGUCACAUGCUGUUGUUGUUGCUGCUGCUGCUGCUGCUGCUGCUGUUGCUGCUGCUGCUUCUGGUUGCUGACUGGGUCACCGGCAUAGCUGUGGUGCUGGCACUGCUACUGGGGUUGGUGCCCGAGGAAGAUGUAGUGACUGUUGACAAGAUGCCUGCAAUGGUUGAGACCAACGAAGUUCGGCUGCUGUCCCCAGCGAUGGUGGAGAUAAGGGGAACCACCGUGGUGGGGGUUUUCUUUGGCCGGGACACCAACUUGAUCCCUUGCGGGACCGGGCCAGCACGCAAUGGCCCAGCAGCCCGCGCUAUCCAGCGGCCCGGCGCCCUCCUUUCUCUGGGCCGCGAGGUGUACCUGGAACAGGAACGCGGUCCAGUUGGCCUCCAUGGCUGCGGCGGCCGACCCCCCUCCUCCCCACUCCCCCCGCUAGGGGAGCCUCCUCAGCCGGAGGAGGCGACAACAAAGCGGCGGCGGCGGCGGCGGCGGCAGCGGCAGCGGCGGCUCCUCAACAUGGCAGCGCCGAGCGCGGCCACUUCCGGUAACCUCCGGGACGCACCACCGCGGCGGCGAGCGCGGGCGGGGGGGGAGCCCCGGCCCGGCCGCCGCCGCCCCCAGUCGCCCGGACCCCCUCUGGGCGUCCCCGCUGCCGGCUCGCCGCCUCGGAGCUCAGCCAGUGCCCGCCGGCUGUGGGGUCAGGGCCCCCGCGGGGGGGCUGGGGUGGGGCCCGGGGCGGGGAUGGGGCGCGGCGUCCCCCCCCGCGGGGGUGUGUGGUGCUGCGGUCCGUGGCUCAGGCAGCUGGAGCAGGGGGAGCUCAGGAGAGAAGAUGGAGGACGCCAGGGUCUGGCGCGGGCCCGCUGGGCACAGCUGGGCUGUCUCCCGUGACUCAGACAGAGUCCAGCAGUGUCGCGUCCCUGUUACACCCUCAGCGGAGGGCAGAGGCCACGGCGGACACCCGGUUGUUCAGUCGCUCCUGCACAGGAUGGUCCCCACCUCCAAAUUGGGGGAAGCCCCUUCGACUUCGAGUGUCUCUUCCCUCUGGCAUUUCCUCCCCGGCGGGCUAAGCUCUCCUCGCUCUCGCUAUGAUUUGCAUCUCAGGGCGAGACGGCCUUCCAGCUCAAGCAGGGAAUCCCACUGGGGUGCAGCCUCGGAUCCUCCCAGCGUGGAGGGAAACACUUCCCACGCGUAGAGAUGUCAUUACUGGGUUAUUCUUGGGUGAAGGGCUGAGCCUCCCCAUCCUCCCCUUCACUCCAGGAUAGGAUGUGAAAUUCUAUCCCAACACCCCUCCUCUCCCGCCAAAAAUAAAAACAAGUGAGAUAGUAUAGACAAGAAAUUAUUUUAGUCCUUUAGUACAGUCUGUUUCCUUCUUCACCCCCAGAACACAAAUCGAACUUCUGGUUGGACAGCGUCAGGAGAUGUCACUGAGGUGACCCCAGCCUCUGUUUGCAGUUCCAAGUCUUCCUUGUAGGCGUCACUGCUACUGGAACUUUGUAGAUGGGGAGCCUGUAUGAUGAUUUCCUGAACAUUUCUAUCCUUUCCUCACACAGAGGUAGCUACUGGGAAUAUCAGAGACAAGCUAUUAUUAAACAAGCGUCUCUAGUCCAAGACAUCGCCUGUGGCAGGGAAAUGAGGGGGCAGGCUGUAUCAGAGAUAUUUCUGUAAACUCUGGUUUUAGAAAAAAAUUCUUCAGAUGGACACAUUAAGACUUCAACAUUUUCCAAAACCAACUGACUCUUAUCCCCUCCAUUUAGUCUCCUCCAGACACUUCUAAUCAAGGUCACCAAAACUUCCCCCAUACAUACACAAUGAAAAUAUGGCUGCAGAAUUCUA